AUGCGGGGACUGGUGGCGUUGCAGGAGAAGGAGGAGCUGAAAUGCGAACAGCAAUGGGGGCGGGAGAAUGAACUGAAAGUGGAGAAAGAGCAAGGACAAAAGGAGCAGCGCCUGAUGCGCAAGCUCGCCGAGGAGCAGGAACAAUUGCUGCAGCUGGACCAGUCGGACUAUCUAUUCCUGGACCUGGAGCAGGAGUCUCAGCAGCAGCUAUUCAAACGAAAGCUAGAGCGACAACAGGAUCAAUUUGAGAGCAUGGAACUGAAGGAGCAACUCGAUUUGUGGGUAAGAGAAUCCGUUGAAGAUGUCCAAGAGGCAGAGCAACAGGCUCCACACGUUGACUCCUACCCAAGCGACGAUCAGACAAAGAGCAACAAUGCUGAAGCUCAGGAUGACGAUGGAAGAGGCUACCAUCCGGUAAGUGUGGGCGACUCGUUCCAGCAGCGCUACUUCGCCAUCAGCAAGCUGGGCUGGGGCCACUACUCGACGGUGUGGCUCUGCUACGACACGGUGCGCAGCUGCUACUGCGCCAUCAAGCUGGUGAAGUCGGCGGAGCUGUACGCGGAGUCGGCGCGCCAUGAGAUUCGCCUGCUCCGGCACAUCUCGCAGCUCAGCUGGCACCCGCUGCGCGACCGCCUGGUCAACAUGACGGACAACUUCAGCACGAGCGGCGUCAAUGGGACGCACCAGUGCCUGGUCUUCGACGUGCUGGGCGACAACAUGCUGAUGCUCAUCCAGCGCAGCUGCUACCAGGGACUGCCGCUAUACAACGUCAAGCAGAUCGCCUACCAGGUGCUGCAGGGGCUGUACCUGCUGCACGACCAGGGCCAGCUCAUCCACACCGACCUCAAGCCGGAGAACGUGCUGCUCGUGGCCGACGAGCUGUCGCUGCGCAGCCAGGCCACGGCGGAGUCCAAGAAGUACCUGGAUACACACCAGCGGCAGCUCAGCCUGGCCGACGCGAAGCUGAGCAAGACGGCCAAGCGCCGCCUGCGCACCAAGACCAAGCAGAGCAUCAGCUUCUUCCAGUCACAUCGCAAGUGGCUGCGCGAGCGCGGCAUUGACGACCUGCUGCUGCUGGCCAAGCACGGCCUGCUGACGACCAAAAUGGCCCUGGACGCCGUCACAAACCAGCUGCCCUACCUUGCCUACGACGGACCCGUCAUAUUCUCUGCCGCAGAAGUGCGCAAGCUGCGGCUCAGCCAGGAGCACUCGAGCGAGGAGCAGGUGGGCGACUCCCAAACGUCGAGUCGGGCCAGGAAGCGCCGCUCGAGAAUGGCCGAAUCUGAGCGCGGCCACAACUCCGGCUCCGGCUCCGCCUCCUCCUACUCCUCCUCGAAGGCAGCCAAGUUGCUGCAGAGCAGCACCGAGAAGUUCAUGCGCUACGUCCAGAAGUGCAUUGAGAACGACGAGAAGGACGAGCAGGAGAAGAGCAACGAAUCGCACCACCUACACAACAAGCGCAUGAAGAGCAAGAAGGGCGCCAAGAAGGCAGCGGCUCGGCGCCAAGCCGACCUGCCCGCUGCCACCUCGAGCAGCGGCAAGCUCAACAUGGCUAUGAUCGAGCGCAAGGACCCCGCCUUGGAGCCCUGCAAAGUGAGGGUGGCCAUCGCCGACGUGGGCAACGCCUGCUUCGUGGACCAGCAUGUCACCGAGGACAUACAGACGCGCGAGUACCGCGCCGUCGAGGUCAUACUGGGCGCUGGCUACGACACCUCGGCCGAUCUCUGGAGCGCCGCCUGCCUCUUCUGGGAGCUGGCCACGGGCGAGUACCUCUUCGAGCCGAACAAGUGGCGCGGCGAUGCCAGCCCGGACGAGGUGCACAUCGCUAACAUAAUUGAGACAUGCGGGCCGAUACCCAGGGAGCUGAUUGCCCGUGGCGAAUACUCGGCGGAAAUCUUCAACUCCAAGGGGGAGCUCUUGAAUAUUAAGAACUUGGAGCCGCAUCCUUUGCAUCAGGUCCUGAUGGAGCGGUACAACUGGUCGCCGCGCGAUGCUCACGAAUUCGCCGACUUUCUGAAGCCGAUGCUCUGCACAAGUCCCCAACGCCGCAUCACGGCCUUUUCGGCCAUCAAUCAUCCUUGGCUGUUGCUCCACGAGGAGGACGAGGCGGAGCAGCAGGACCCAAACGAGAGCCACGCAUAG